CCCUCAGUUCCAGUUAGUUUGAAUGAAUGGAUGAAUGAGAUAACUUGAUGAGACUAGGAAAAUAAAGGAAUAUAAUAAAUGCUGAAGAAAAAAAACAAACGGAAAUAAUGUUAAUAAUAUUUUGACUUUUCUUUCAUUUUUAUCAUCAACAGAUUAAGGACUAAACUUAUUUCAUCAAAUCAAUUAGUGUUAGAGUUGCCAUUGAAACUGACCCAAGAUGAAGACGAAAGUUAUGAUUUAUAAAAAAAAGACAUUGAAUAGAUGAUGAUGAUGAUCAAGAUUUACUGAUUAAGAAAGUAAAAGGGAAGAUGAAGAUGAUGAGGAAGAAAAAUGUGAUACAAAAGAGAAACUGAUUAAGAUGAUGAGAAACAAGUAAUUGAUUUGAUAUUAGUGUUUCCAUUAAGCUAUAACUUUCCUUUCAUUUACCAUCAACUUUACUGUUAACAACUGAAAACUAGUGAUUACCAAGUCAACCAAUGUUCAAUCAUUCAAGAUCCGUCAAGUGUCAAAAAUAUGGUCAAAUCGAUGGUUAAAUGUUGAUCCAGUUUCAUGUGUUUACCUUGACUAACCAAAUGUCAUUGCCAUUUGGGUCCAUGUGAGGUACAAAAACAAGGCUCAAUGUGAUCACUUUUUUUGUCCUGUUAGGUGCUUCAUCUAGCAUCAACUCAACACUUGAUCAGCCAACUCACGAUCAUCGAUCUGUUGAUUUAUAUUCAAUUAUUACUCCAACCCAAAAGCAUCAUCAGUCUUAAUUACAACCUUACUUAAGUGAUUAAACAGGAGCAGUUGAAAAGAUCAAUGUACAAAUUGGAUUUGGUGACAAUAAAUUUAAUUGAAAUUUAGUGAUGUUUUAAAUUGUGACAAUUUAAUUGGACAAGCAGCAAAAAAAACAACAAAACCCAAAAGUGAAUGGAAUCCAAAGAGAAGGGAAAUUAUUACAAAAUUUUCUGGCAAAAGGUUAACACUCUUCAAAUUGUCAUUAAUUUUUCAUUAAUUUGAUACUUAAUUUGCUCCAAUUGUGUGCGUUUGUGUGUUUGUGUGCCAUCAAGUGUAUCAAAUUGUGCUCUGUGUGUCUCUCUAUCUGUGCAAAUUGUUGACUUAUUUUUGGCUCAUUUUUUUCCAUUCUCAGCCAAUUCUGUCAACAAUCAACCAUGAAAUCAACUUAUAAAUGUUACAAUGUUCCAAGUCACGUUAUAUUAAUUUUCGUGAUCACAAUUUGUCUCUCCAGUAAUGCUAUUGAAUCAACAAUUGAUCUCAAUCCUUCCCAGUUUGGUUAUGAUAACAGUCAACAAUCACCUUUUAAUAACAUUAUCAAUGAUGAUGGUGAUGAUAUUAGUAGCAAUAACAAUGUGAAUGAUAACGAGUUGAACACUAACAAUGAUAGAUAUAAUGCUAAUUAUGAUAUUAAUAGCAAUGCUAACAACAUUAAUUCACCUCAAGUAAACUCUGAUUUAUCUACUGGUUCCAUAUCAUCUGAUCUUUACGGUAAUUCAAAUAGAUUAAUAGUUAACGAGAAUGACGAUCAACUCAACCCAUCGCCAUCAUUAUCCUCUUCUUCGUCUUCUUUAUCAUCGCUAUUAUCAUCUUCUUCUCUUGAACCUACAACUGCAACUUUGACCAUCUUAAACCUCCAAGGAACUUGGAAUUCAUUUGCUCAAUUUAAAGGAUGGUUAAUUUCACGGUCCCAUGGAACUCUCAGUUUCACCUUUCGCACCCAUGAACCCAAUUCACUGCUUUUAUAUUCCCAAUCAUCAACUUACUGUUGUGAUUUCAUGGAGUUAAAGUUGGUUGAAGGUGUGCUAAGAUUAAGAUUCAAUUUAACACAAGGAACUUCAAUCAUGUCCAUUGGACGAAACCUUCAUGAUCAUCAAUGGCAUGCAGUUGAGAUAAUAGUAAACAAAGAAUCACUCGUUUUAAAGAUUGACAAUGAAAUGUCAAGUCGAAGUCUUCGCUCAUUUCAUGGAGAAAAUUCAAUUGAAAAGCAAAAUAAAAUGGAUUACCUUUUUAUUGGAGGAUUUCCUCACAGUUAUUCAUCUGAAUUUGUCAAUCUUCAUCUUCCCUGGGUAUUAUAUGAGCCAACCUACAGAGGUCAAAUAAGAAACGUUGUAUAUGCUAGUGAAGAUAGUUUAUCUGGUCCAACUAAUCAGGAGCCAAUUAGAUGGAAUGGACUUCGUCGUGAUUCAAGUGAACCAUGUAGUGAGUCUGAUCCAUGUAACCAUGGUGGAACCUGUAUCAACACAGAUUCCGGACCUGAGUGUGAUUGUCGUGGCCUUGAUUAUAUUGGCGAUCACUGUGAUAAACCUAAACAUUCCCCUGAGGCAACCUUUCGUGGACAAGAAUUUAUUUACUUUAAUAACAUAACCAAAUCAGUGAUCAGUUCGAGUGAUGAGAUUUCACUGUACUUCAAGUCUCGCCAAUCAAACGGCCUGCUAUUUUAUUCAGGUGAUGGUUACAGUGAUUAUCUUAAUCUAGCAAUUAGAGAUGGUGGAGUCACUUUGAGCGUUAAAUUGGGCAACAAUUUAUCGGAGCGAACAGUUAAACCAGCCAGAAUCCGAUUUGAUGACAAUCAAUGGCACAAAGUAUUGGUACACAGAAAAGUUCGUGAGAUGAAUCGGGCAACAAGCUUUUGUCAUUUUUCAAUAACAAUUGACGGUGUUUACACGGAAAGAGGUUCAACUACAGGUUCAUUUUCUCUAUUGUCCAGUUCAAUACUUUUUAUCGGAGGAAGUGACCAUUUUGAACAGCUUCCGGGCUCAAGGGUACAAAGCAACUUUAUUGGUUGCCUUAGGAAGGUUGAAUUCAUUGGAGACUCCAUGGUUCUAGAUAUACUUGAUUUAGCCAAAAGUGACCUCAAUUUGUUCCAGGUAAAGGGAAACAUCGUUGAUUCAUGCCAAGAGGUUGAAGCUGCUGAUCCGGUAACCUUUACAACCAAAGAUUCAUUUCUUGCCUUACCCCGGUGGGAGGCUGUUAAGGGAGGCUCUUUAUCACUCAAGAUGCGAACAAAUGAACCAAAUGGUGUACUCAUGUAUAGUUCAGGAGGAGUCAAUGGAAACAGCUUUUCAUCAACAUCUUCCGUCUCAUCUUCUUUAACCUCUUCCACAUUUUAUUCAUCACCAGGUCCAAGUGACUUUUUUGCACUUGAAUUACUGGAUGGACAAAUUUAUCUACUUCUUAAUCUGGGUUCUGGAGCAAUUAAGGUAAAAGCUUCAACACGUCGUGUUGAUGACUCCCAUUGGCAUGUUAUAACCUUAUUGCGUACAGCAAAAUCGGGUCGAGUUACGGUUGAUGAUUCAGCUGUAGACUUUGUAACUCCUGGAACAUCCAAUCAGCUUGAUUUAGAGGGUCCACUUUAUUUAGGUAGUUUUGGACCUUCUCAAAGAAAGGCUUUUAAUGAGGUGCCUCCAGAACUUUGGGCGGGUUCUUUGAAAUACGGUUAUGUUGGCUGUAUACGUGAUUUAGUUCUUAAUAAUCAAGCCAUUGAUAUUGCAUCGUUUGCCCGAAAACAAGAUUCAGGUUCAGUUAAACCUUCAUGCCAUUCAUUACCAAGUCACUGUGAUAAAAAACCUUGCUUCAAUGAAGGUAUCUGUAUGGAAGGAUGGAAUCGAUUUGUUUGCGAUUGUCGAGCCACUAGUUUCACUGGUCCUGUUUGUACUAAAGAUGCCACAACAUUAAACUUCAAUGGAGAGGAUUACAUGUUAAUCGAUCUCGGUGAAGAGGCAAUAACUCAAUCAGAGGAUCUUAACCUUCGCUUUAAAACAUCUACAUCAACCAGUUUUUUGUUCAUGGCUUCAACAACUGAUCGAUGGACAUCUUAUUUAAUCAUCUCUUUGGAGGGUGGACGUCUUAAGGUGACAAUCAACCUAGGUGAAGGGAAUAAGGUUACUUAUAUUGGUAGCUCGCUGGGAAAUGAUCGCUGGCAUACCAUUCGUCUUCACCGUCGAGGACCCAGUUUGGAGGUUAAAUGUGAUUCUGAAAAUGUGAUAACUGAGCUUACCGGUCAAUUAAUUGAUUUACAUUACUCUUACCUGGUAAUUGGAUCUUACAUUGAUUUAAGGCCUGGUACUGUUCGACCAACCAAUUUAAUUAAUGCAAGUGGUAAACAAAAUGAAACUCCUAACUUUAUUGGCUCAAUUCAUAAUUUAAUCCUUAAUGGAAAUGAUUUUAUUGAACUUUCUAAACAAAAGAUUGACCUUAAUUUUACUGUAACAGCAACUUAUGGCAAAAAAGACGGGUCCAUUCAUCGUCCUAUCACCUUUAAAUCAAGGCGUACCUACAUUGGUUUACCUCAGUUGAAAGCAUAUUCAACAAUGGCUCUUUAUUUUCAAUUUAAAACAACCUUGCCCAAUGGUUUAAUUUUAUAUAACGGUGGUAAAGAUGAAGAUUUUAUUGCCAUUGAAUUGGUUGCAGGUCAACUUCAUUACACUUUCAAUAUGGGCGAUGGACAAAGACGACUAAAAUCAUCAACUCGAUAUUCACUUAACGAUGGACAAUGGCACUCAGUGGCUGUGGGUCGACCCUCUCUUGGUCAGCAUACUUUAAUGGUUGAUGAUAUGGUUUCCUCAUUUACCAAUAAUGGACCAAAUCUCCAUCUUGACCUAACUGGAUUACUCUACUUAGGAGGAUUACCUUCAGAUGCCUAUUCUACUUUACCUUCAUUGGUUGUCUCCAGUCAUGGAUUUGAAGGUUGCUUGGCCUCAUUAGAUUUUAAUGGUGAAACCAUUGACCCUACUGGAACUGAUGCAGUUGUAAGGUCAACCUUGGUAUCUAAAGGCUGUUCUGGUGAGGGAUCAGUUGAAUGUUUACCAGGCAAAGAGGAUGGUUCAUGUGAUUCAUUAGUUGCUCUUGGUUCCCCUGUAAACUGUAUACCAUCUGAGGAUUGUUCAUGUGAUGAUAAUCAAUCAUCAUCAUCAAAAUGUUCACAAUCUCUUGGAAGUGCCUCGUAUCAGUGGGGAUCAAAAGGAGGUUUGGUAUUGUUUACUUUUCCAGAUAAAAAGUUGGACACGAAAAAUGAUCAUCUUUCAGUUGCCUUUUCAACGGAAUCGGACAAUUGUGUCUUAUUCCGUGUGGAUAGUGGUUCAAGUAUUGAUUAUAUGGAACUGUCAAUAUUUGAUGGAACCAUCUUGAUGGUUUAUAAUCUAGGAACAGAGGAUCACGAUAUUGGCCAAUUAGAUGUUAAAGUGAAUGAUGGUAAAGUGCAUCUAGUUCGAUUCACGCGAACUGGGUCUAACUCAACAUUACAGGUUGAUAAUCACAAUGUUGUUAAAAAGACACCAUCUGGAAGAAGACAACUUACCGUUUUCAAUAGCCAUCAUAAGAUUCAAAUUGGUGGUAAAAUGAAUACCGUUAAAGAUUAUCUGGAAAAACCAUUUACAGGAAUUAUCUCAGGAUUAUUAUACAACGGUUACAGACUUUUAGAUUUAGCUAUGGAUAAUGAUCCUCGGAUUGAAUUUAAAGGUGAUGUACUACUUGUUACAUCUACUGGUAAUCCCCGUAAAGAAUCUAAAAGUAAACCAAAUGAAUCCUUCAAACCUGAGGAUAAUCUUGUGGAGAAUACUUCAUCAAAUAAGGAAGAUUCUGACUCACUAAUAUUUUCUGGGGAAGGGUCUGGUGAUUGUUUCGACGAAAAUGAUGAUGAUGACGAAGGUUGUGAAAUCAAAACCGUCAAAGAAACUGAAAUAGAUGAACUGAUAACGCCGAAAUUGGUAGAGUCUAGUGAAAAACCAACAUGGACAAAUGAACCUAUCGGAAGCUGGGCAACUGUAUCAACUAGUCCAACAAUCGUACGUCCAUGCAAUCCAAACUCUGAAGAUUGUUCCAGCUCAACUUCAAGGUCCUUUACACCUCAAAUAGAUGGUUCCACUGUCCAGUUAGGGAGUCCGGAAAAAGUAACAAGCAUUUCAGAAACAUAUGAACGAGUACCUCAAAGUAGUACUAGCCUCGCGCCAUGGAUAGAACCUGAAAAAUCAACUUACGGAUGGUAUCAGCCUUCUACUCCAUCAACUACAAGUCCAUCUACACUCUUCCCAAAGAUUCCAAUCCUUCCUCCUAUUCAAUAUCAGCCGAUGCGACCUAGGCCUCAGACACCCACUCGACCUACUGGAAAACCUCCUAUUAAUGUAGUUCCAAUUCCACAAAUUCCAAAUAUUCCAAAUGAUCUCGACAAACGUAAUCCAAACAUUGGUACCUAUGACAAAUCAAAACCCAAAACAUCCUUAACUACAGCUUCUAGUGCAGAUAAAACAGCCUGGUUAAUUGGUUUUGUUGCUGUUACCUUAGUCAUAAUAGUUAUUCUUACUCCUAUGAUCCUUUAUUCUUACAUUAAAUAUCAAAACGAUCAUUAUUAUAAAGGACAACCAGGAAAUGAUUCCAUGGCUGGUGCUGAUUUGAACAGAAUGAAAUUUAAUCCAAUUACAGGCGUGCCAACAAUGCUUUCAAGUGAUGCUGAUCUUGAAGGUAAUAUUUAUCACGGAUCAUCUCGAUCAAAUGUAUCGCACAUAAUAUCUGUUGAAACAGCUAAAGCCUCAAAAAAGAAAGAUACAAGGGAAUGGUACGUGUGAUUAGAGAUGAACUAACAAAGAAACAUUUUAAAAGCUGCUUUUCUUCAUAUCAAAUUAAAAUUGUAAAUAAUGAUAUAUUUUUUUUAACAAGAGUGUUUAAUUGUGUACAUAUUAUGUAAUAAAAAAUCAUUUUUCUCAAUCUUGA